AGACUUUAGGGUGAUUUUCCCUCCGCGGUGCCUCCCAAUGGCCACUACUGAUUCUCAUGCUUCGAUGAUUAACUUCCUCGGUGAAGGCUUGAAGUCCGGGGUAACUCCCUCUACCAGCCAGUCUACUAUGGCGUUCGAAUCUCCCAGUCAGGACAACCUAUCCGUCUGGUCACUGUCCCAUGAGCCCGAGACCCCCACUAAUGUCGACAACGGUUUACACAGUCGCGCCCUCGACACUUGUGGUAUAUCUUGGGAGACCUUGACCGCGGGUGGCCUACAAGGGCAGAAGUUGAGGGAGUCCCUCCUAUUCAACACAUGUAUCGUCUUUUUCAACGCUGGUUACCAUGGCAAGAGAUUCAUCUACGAGAAGGCACAUGAACUCGGUGUGAAAGCUGUCAUUAUCGACUCCCCUUGCUCGUGGGCGUCGAGCCUCGCCACUGAAGGCGUUAUUAGUCAUUUUAUUGGCCUCGAUAUGAGCCAAGACUCUGACGCCAUUUUUGAGGCAAGCUAUGAAGCCCUCCGAGAGUUCGAGAUGACCAGCGGCAUCACCAUUAAUGGUAUCUGUACGGCCAUUGAGCUGGCGGUCCCUAUGGUGGCUCGUUUAACUGAAGCCUUCGGCCUCCCUGGCCCCGGCCCACACGUUGUUGAGGCUGCCAGGGAUAAAUACAAGACGCGAGAAGCUCUAGAGAGGCAUGGUCUGCCGAGGACCACGCACUUUUUAAUAUCCUGCGAGGAUGACAUCGAGCCGGCUGGCGAUUUUGUUGGUUAUCCAGCUGUCAUGAAGCCCGUCUCUGGUGCAGCAUCAUUAGGCGUCAAAAAGGUGAACUCCCACGAAGAGCUUUUGGCCGUCUAUCGAGAGACUCAGCAGCUCCUCAGUGAGCUGGUGGUCAGCUCGGGUGCCCUCGAGAGGAAGAAUGAGCACAGUGAUCCGGACGCGGUGGCUGCCGCCGGUCGUAUUUCCACCGUCGUAAUACUCGAGGAGUAUCUCGACGGUCAGGAGGUCGAUGUGGAUGUUGUGCUCAGUCCUGGCUUGGGCUGUACAUUUGCUGUUGUCACUGAUAAUGCUCCUACCAAGGAGCCCUAUUUUUCCGAGACCUGGGGCGUUAUUCCUAGUGCUCUCCCUCGUGACCGUUGUGACCAGCUUGUCGAUCUUGCCGUGAGCUCAGUGAAGGCUCUAGGUUUCGACUCUGGUGUUUUUCACGUCGAGGCCAAGUACACGUCCCGCGGUCCUCGUUUGAUUGAAGUUAAUGCCCGUAUGGGAGGCGGGCCAGUCCAUUUGUGCCAUAACAUUAGUAAUGGUGUUGAGCUCUGCGUAGAGGUGAUGCUGUUGGCUGUUGGUCUCCCUUCUCGGCCCUUUCGAAGGGACCUGGCAGUGGUAGGCUUUGGCAACAUCAACUCCCCUAAGAGUGGUACUCUACACAACUUUGACUUUUUGAGUAAGUGGCAGAGCGUUGAUGGUUGCGAAAUGCAGUUCUGUGUCCCAAUGGUGUCCCCUGGUGACCACAUCGUUGGUCCAGAGGAGGGUCAGCCUUGCUGGGUGGUCGACUUCAUGUUCACUUGCGACUGUCCUUCGAGAGCUGCUGAGAUCAGUGAGAUGCUUGAUACGGAGAUUACGGAGGAGCUCAGUCGUCAGAUCGACCUCCAGAGUAAUUUUCAACACCACUGAUGGUAGAUUUUAUAUCAUCGUCUCGUCCUUUCCCUCCACUCUGAGUGGAUUUUCUGCCGAGACGUGAGCAGCGAUAAAUAUCCAUCUUUUUAUGACAUCAACUGUCAAGUAUGUAUGCAUACAAUGCUUUGUUUACACAGUAAUCACACUGUGAGUCGCCAAGUCGGCUAUA